UAUAAUCUGUGGGUAAAACCGGGUAAAACACCGUGUCCCGAGAGGCGAAUUCUUGCAUUUGUAACUAGAGAUGCACGUGUUAAGAGUGCCGACGUGUUGUUCGACCUCUUCUACGCCAGUUACGACUCAAAACAUUCAAAACGCCCCCAUUCUCCUAUAUCAGGGAGUAUGUAACCUACGAAUCCUAGGCCUUGUUUAAACUGGGUGUAUCCACCACUUACCGUAUUCUUAGAUUACUUCAGUUCAACACCUCUCUUAAACCCAUGCCAUCGACUAUUUUUCUGGUCAGUACAUUGCUGACUUAUGAACGAUUGAGACUAGAACACUUUUGAACCGGCGCUGUGCAUACUCGUGAUUAAUGCGGUACAUUCAUUAAUAUGUCAAUGAAAUUGUGUUUACUUUGGUUAAUAGUUUAUGUGCUAAUUGACCUGUCUGGAGCCCUCUACGAUGGAAGAGUGAGAAUCCGAACUCAGGAUGGCCAUUUGCAGUUUAUGGUGCCGGAUGAGCGGGAUAUUUCUUUGAUGACUGGACGUAACGGACGAAUUCUCUUCAAUGGAGAAGAUAUCAGCUUUGCCUACCAAACAGUACGCAACGUUUCAUUGGAGUUAACCAGUCUGCGACAAAGGGAACUGGCCUCUUUGCAGAACAAACAAUUGGAGCUAAUCGCUCGGCUUGAUGCUGAUACAGGAGAGAGUCUCAAUGACCGAAUACUCCUUCUGGAACAAUCCUUAGCAAACAUCACUUCUCAAGUUGUCCAAAAUUCAGAAAGUGUUGGAGCAGGAGGAGAAGGUGGUGGUGGCGGCGGUGGCAGGGGCGGUGGCAGAGGCGGCAAUGGAUCACCCGUUAAUUUGCGCCGACUUAGAAGACGCGUUCAGACAAUCGAGCGCAAUUUACAGCGUUUAACAACGGCCCUUCAAGCAGAUGAUUGCGCUAGUGCACCUUGUAAAAAUGGCGCUAUUUGUAUUGAUUCUUAUAACAACUUUCAAUGUCUCUGUUCACCCAAUUGGGAGGGGCCAACAUGUGACAUAGAUGUAGACGAGUGUUCCGGUUUCCGUGGCACAGAGCUGGGUUGCCAAAAUGGGGCUACAUGUGUCAAUACGGCUGGUUCUUACCGGUGCACCUGUCCAACUGGAUGGUUUGGUGUCCAUUGCACCCAAAAGACAGACGGCUGCAACAGCGGCACAAACGAACAGAUUUGCGGGCAUGGUAUUUGUCUAAGUCAGCCCGGUCAGGGAAGGGGCUAUAUUUGCCUAUGCGAACAGGGAUGGACUACUGAUGGUUCUAAUCCUGGGUGUACAGUAGACGUCGAUGAGUGCGUCUAUCCUAUCCCUCUUUGUUCAGUUAAUCCUCGUGUCCAAUGCAUCAAUCUUCCCGGUAGCUUUCGCUGUGGACCUUGCCCAGCUGGCUAUUCCGGUAAUGGCCACUAUUGCACGGACGUGGACGAAUGCCAGAUCAAUAACGGUGGAUGCAGUAUAAGCCCUCGUGUUCAGUGCACUAAUACUAUUGGAUCUCGAUCGUGUGGUCCUUGUCCACCGGGUUACCAAGGUGACGGUGUAUUCUGUAGCUUCGUAGGUGUUUGCACAGUCAAUAAUGGUGGAUGCCAUCCGGCUGCUUUCUGCUAUGAUAAUCCGGCCAUAUCGAGUUCCUACGUUUCCUGCCAAUGCCGGCCUGGAUUCACAGGCAACGGAUUUGGUCAAAUGGGUUGUGUUCCGCUUGCUGAUGGUAGACGAAGGGGUGGUGGAGAUAUAGGACCAGUCAAUUACGAUAAUCCUUGCUCACCUAAUCCGUGUGUCUUUGGCACAUGUUCCGUAGUUGGCAAUGGAUUCCAAUGUACUUGUCACACUGGAUAUGCAGGUCAAACGUGUAACAUCCCACUGGAUGCUUGCGUGAGUUCGCCCUGUCGUAAUGGAGCCACUUGCGCAGUUGUAGGUCCCGAUCGACAGUUCCGUUGUAUAUGUCCUGCAGGAUUCACCGGCAACGAAUGUCAAAAUGAGAUUCAAGCUUGUGGAGGUAUGAUUUCUGAGGCAAACGGCACAAUUACCUUCCCUUCGUCGGAUGGCGGACUCUAUCCUCAUCAAGUGAGUUGUGCGUGGGUGAUCAACACGACUCCAGGAAAAGUGAUGAAUAUGACUUUUAAUCGAUUUCAUUUGGAAUCAUCUGAAAAUUGCAAAUUCGACUGGCUCCAAUUCCACGAUGGAGAAGAUGCUUCCGCUCAAAUUGUAGGACGUUACUGUGGCGAUCAAACUUUCCCUGGCGGAUCGAUGGUUACAACCCACAAUCAAAUUUAUUUAUGGUUUCGUUCGGACCAUUCGGUGAAUGGACAAGGUUUCGAACUUGUAUGGAACACAAUAGAUCCCGUGUGUGGAGGAGUGAUUUCUACUUCAACCUAUGGAACCAUCAAUUCGCCAGGAUAUCCAGGACACUAUCCUGCCAAUCGGGAUUGUAUCUGGUCAUUAUCUGCACCAUUAGGAAAACGAAUACAAAUUACUUUUGCUACUCUCCAAUUGGAACACCAUCUGAAUUGCAGUUACGACUUCCUCGAGGUCCACGAUGGGUCGGCUCUCACCGAUAACUCCUUGGGCAAAUUUUGCAGCACUGCAAACCCACCACCUCUUACUACUUCAGGACCAUAUGCUCUACUCAAUUUUCAUUCUGACGCAACCUCUACCGACAAUGGUUUCCACAUUACUUACGCAGUUGUAAAUGGUAUUCCUGGUUGCGGAGGAUUACUAACUGGACCAGGUGGAACUCUUUCAUCGCCCAAUCAUCCAGAUACUUACGAGCACAAUCUCGACUGUGAAUGGGUUAUCCGUGCAACACGGAAUGAGCGAGUUCGUUUGACGUUCACAGCUCUGUCUAUUGAAGCUUCACGCAACUGCCGCUUUGACUACGUAGAGGUCAGGGAAGGAGGCACACCGCAAAGUCCAUUGAUCGGCCGUUAUUGCAACCGCAAUUUGCCCUUGCCAGUUCUUUCACAAGGAAAUCAGCUCUUCGUGCGUUUCCGCUCUGACUUUAGCGUCGCAUCAAGUGGUUUCCGUGCUCGUUUCGAAACCGUUUGCGGAGGGACAUGGACGGAAUCAUCCGGAAGGAUCCAGUCACCAAAUUUCCCAUCGCCGUAUCCGGCAAGUAAACAAUGUGUUUACAUCAUUGCUUUGGAUCCGGGUAAGGCCGUUAAACUGGAUUUCCUAACAUUUGACGUCGAAGGAUCCGCCAAUUGCCGUUAUGACUACGUUGAAAUUCGAGAUGGAGAUACUAGCAAUUCAACGCUAAUUGGCAGAUAUUGCGGCCCACCAUCUCUUAUACCUCCACCGAUUGUCAGCAGCCACAACUAUUUAUGGAUCAAAUUUCAAACAGACGCUUCAGAUCAAAAUUUAGGGUUCCAAGCCAAUUUUUCGGCUAUUGACGUUGGGUGUGGAGGAAUAUUGACAAGCCCGAGGGGCGUGAUUGCGUCUCCCUUACAUCCAGAAGUAUACCCACACGGUGCUACAUGUCGCUGGAUUGUGCGAGCCGGGCCAGGCAAAGUCGUUCGCUUGCAAUGGCUGUCGUUUGCAUUAGAGCCGGCGCCGCCUGCUUGUCAUUUCGACUCUGUCUCCGUCUAUGAUAACAGUACAAUUCCCAACACGGGUGGUCUCGUGGGUCGCUACUGUGGCAACACCCUCCCGCCAUCAAUCACAUCCACUGGCGAUACGAUAACAAUAGUCUUCAAAUCAGAUGCCAGCUUAGCGGCCGAGGGAUUUACUCUCACUUAUAUAACGCUCAACAGUUCUUCGCUUUGCGGCGGUACGUACUACACAGAAACGGGCAUGAUUGCCUCGCCAGGCUUCCCCACAGGCUACCAACCCUCAUUAGAUUGUACUUGGAUCAUUCGUGCUCCUCUUAAUCGUCAAAUUCAACUCAACAUUACCGAUUUUGAUAUGGAAAAUCACACUCAAUGCCAAAUGGACUAUCUAGAAAUAAGAAAUGGUGGAGGGCCAACAUCGCCGUUGAUAGGCAAUUUCUGCGGCCGUAACAUUCCCCGUACCAUUCCGUCGCAUAGUCACGAGAUGUUUAUUCGUUUGGUGACUGAUUACUCCUUGUUCGGACGCGGUUUCCGCCUAUUUUGGGAUGCCUCUUCCACAGGUUGUGGAGGAGUUUUGACCAGCCCAGAAGGAAGCAUAGUCUCACCAGGUUAUCCAUCAUCUUAUGGAGAGAAUGCGGAAUGCAUUUGGAGAAUUGAAGUUUCUCACGGAUCUCGUGUGCUAUUUGCUUUUGUCGAUUUGGAUAUGGAAUCUCAGCCUUCGGGAUGUGCCUUUGACUACGUUGAGGUACGCAAUGGAAGAGAUCGUCGGGCACCAUUAGUUGGCCGCUAUUGCAACUCCUUCUCCCUUGUUCCAAUAGUCAGCAAGUCAACCAGCCUCUAUGUUAAAUUCAAAUCGGACAUGAAUCUUGCUGGGAGAGGAUUUAAAGCUCGCUAUGAAACUUUGUGUAAUACCGAGUUGAAGGGCUUGAGCGGCGUCAUCGAAAGUCCAAAUUUCCCAAACAACUAUCCACACAACCGCAACUGUACAUGGACCAUUGCGGCUCCACUUGGCAACAGGAUAAAUCUAACUUUCUCGCAUUUCGACGUCGAGCAGCAUGGCUCACAAGAUUCAAGUGCGUUGGCGCCCGUCAAUUGCAUGUAUGAUUUUGUGGAGGUCAGACAACCUAAUGGAACGCUGGGCCGUUUCUGUGGCUCUAGUUUACCACCAGAGUUGGGCUCUACUCAGGAUAAGGUCAUGAUUCAAUUCAUGUCUGAUUUAUCUGUUGCUCAUAACGGUUUCCGUUUGGAAUGGCGAGUUAUCGGAUGCGGUGGAAGGUUGGCGAAACCGUUUGGCAUUUUCAAAUCACCCGGGUAUCCAGUAUCCUAUCCAUUUAAAACAGACUGUGUCUGGGAAAUUGAAACUGAACCAGGCAGUCGAGUGGAACUAACUAUCAAAGAUAUCGACAUUGAAUCGGCAGUGGGGUGCAACUACGAUUUCCUUCGAGUUCAUGGAGGAGUGGACGAGACUUCGCCCAAAUUGGCCGAGUUUUGCCAUCGUCAAGAUAAGCCAGUCGUGGUGACGGCCAUUGGCAACCACAUGUACGUGCAUUUUCACAGUGACGAAUCUCUUCGUGGUAAAGGUUUCAGCGCCAGUUUUAACACAUUGCCGAAUGGAUGUGGUGGUUAUUAUAAAUCCCCAUCGGGAAUAAUUCAUUCCCCCAACUACCCGCAAAACUACGAUCACGAUUCUGAUUGCACUUGGCUUAUCGAAGUUCCAAUCAAUCACGUCGUCGUACUGAAUUUCGUCGACUUUGAUGUCGAACCCUUUACAAACUGCACUUUCGACUAUGUGGCCGUCUAUGAUGGUCCGUCGCUAAAUGAUGAAGAAAUAGCUCGUUUCUGUGGCAGCACUAUCCCCAAUCCUUCUUAUGUUCGUUCAACAUCAAACAAGAUGUUUGUUCGUCUUAAAGCUGAUGGGAGCGUUUCAGCUAGGGGAUUCGUGGCUAAUUAUACAACAGGAUGUGGUGCACGUAUAACCGUUAAUUCAGAAGAUACCGGUGAAUUGACGUCACCGAAUUUCCCACACUAUUACAGCAAUUGGUAUAAUUGCACUUGGACUCUGACUGCUGCUAAUCCUGAUGACCGAGUUUACUUGAUGUUUACGCACAUGGACUUGCACAGCUUCGUACCGCAAUCAUCCUCUGUAACAGCCACAAAUACAAAUUGUUCGAUGAGUUUUGUUCGCGUACAAGAUGGUGAUGACUCUGAUGCACCUGUAAUAGGCAAUUAUUGUCUAACCAGAGUUCCAUCACCCAUCACCAGCCAGGGUUCGUCACUCUACGUACGCUUGCAGACCACACCGUUAAUGUUGUUGGGAGUUGGAUUCCGUGCAACUUACUCCAUUUUAACUCAAUCUUGCGGAGGAGAAUUUACAUCGGAACACGGAUCAUUCAGUUCACCUGCUUAUCCUAAUUCUUACCCUCUUUCGACUGAAUGUAUUUGGACAAUUUCAGCUUCAGCUGGCAAUCGAGUGAUGGUGUCUUUCCGCAUGUUCAAUCUUCAGGACACAGAAUUCUGUAAUGGAGAUUAUCUUGAAAUUCGAACUAACGACGGUGGAGGUGAACUAUUGGGCCAUUUUUGCGGUACUGGAUUCCUACCAAGCAACAUCACAGCAUCCAACAAACUUUGGAUUAAAUUCCGCUCGGAUGACGACUCUACGGCGCCCGGAUUCAUUGCUGACUACAGCCUGCUUCACGGAAAUGAUUUGAGUGGAAAUCGCGGAGAGAUUGCUUCUCCGUUAUUCCCCCAUCCUUAUAUUCAUCGAGAUGAUUUUAGCUGGCGUGUAACUGUGGACGCUGAACGCUUCGUUAGACUCUAUUUCUAUCCACAAUUCUCUAUUGAACGGGAACACGAAUCAACUGCUUGCAUCUCAUCAUUAUUGGUAUAUGAUGGGUACGAUGAACAAGCUCCUCUAUUGGGAGAAUACUGUGGAGAAACCAGGCCUCGACAAAUGUAUGUAACGGCUUCCGGGAACGUAGUCUAUAUAGUAUUCCGUUCUCGCUCAUUUGAAGGAUCCUUUUUCCGACUUCGAUGGGACGCUGUGGUGACGAACUCACCUGCAGUUUUAUCAACACCAGCUCCAAUGAACUCUAGUGUGACAUGUGGAGGAGAAUAUUUUGUAACGGAUGGGAACUUUACAAUGGUGACGAGCCCAGGUUUCCCAAUCGGUUAUGCAAAUAACCUGAUUUGCAGAUGGGUUCUAACAACAGAUCCACAUUACAGAGUGGCUAUAACUCUGAUCACGCUCGACAUGGAAGCAGGAUCUUGCAUGUUUGAUCGUGUUGAAAUCAACAACGGAGAGAAUGAAAGACCCCAGUUGCUAGGGCGCUAUUGCCGACGUGAUCAACAAGGAUUGGUUGUGACAUCUGCGGGAAAUAGUGCCGUAAUAUAUUUCCGUACAGACGCUACGGUCAACCAAACGGGUUUCCAAAUCAACGCCAAAGCAGUUUGUGGAGGUAUCGUGAGGCAAUCAAGUGGUAUUAUCAAAUCACCGAAAUAUCCAGCAAACUAUCCUGCUUCAACCACAUGCGAGUGGGAUGUCAGUGUUCGUCCGGGAAGAAAGAUUACGGUCAGCUUUGAUAAUAUGCAAAUCGCAUCAGAUAUGCCAGCCUGUUCUCAAGAUUAUGUUAUCCUCCGUAACGGAGAUUCAGUUGAUUCACCAGUUUUGGGUAGUGGAAGACUCUGCGGUAAUAGUAUUCCAACGAGUGCGUUGGUUACCACUGGAAACAAGUUACACAUAAAGUUCGUAUCAGACGGUCAAACCAACUCUGCAGGAUUCCAACUUAGAUUUGAAGAAGUAAGAACGAGUUGCGGCGGUCGUCUGACACUCAACAACGAUAUAAGCGAAGUUACGAUCGAGUCACCAAACCGGCCGUCUCCAUCCCCACCCUACGCAGAAUGCGAGUGGAUUAUUCUCGCUCCGGGCGGUCACGCCGUCCAGCUUGAUUUCGUCGGUCAAUUGGACAUUCAAAGCCAAUACGGUUGCCGUAGCGCUGGAGUCGAAAUUCGAAAUGGAGGGACGUUAUCGGCUCCUGUGCUGGGUCGCUAUUGCGGAAGAAAUCCGCCAGGAUCAAUCUUUUCUACAGGCAACAGCCUUCAUGUUCGCUACUUUAAUUCAUUACAAAAUCCUGGCACUGGAUUCCAAGCGCGUGUCUCUAUCGCUCGUUGUGGCGGAACGAUUGUCGGAUCGCGGGGUACUCUCAAGUCACCCAAUUACCCUUCGUCUUACGAGCCCAACACUAGGUGUGUGUGGACCAUCCGAGGUCCAGUCGGACACUAUUUGAAUUUUGUUUUCACUAAUUUGGAUUUGCCAUCUGCUUCUGCUUACGGAGGCAAUUGCUCAAACGUCGAUUAUGUACAGAUCCGCGAACGAAAUGCCACAAAUGAAAUCCUGGCGACAAUUUGUGGAAAUAGCUAUUCAGAUGUGAUUUCUAGUUAUUCCAAUGAAGUCGAUGUCAUUUUCCAAACUGGUGGCCGAGUCUACAAUCGACAAGGUUUCCGCAUGACUUACAAUACUAGCGUGGAUGGAUGUGGUGGAGAUGUAAGCGGCCCAAGCGGAAUAAUCCAGUCUCCUGGCUAUCCCAACUCGUAUCCCCAUGGCAGGAUAUGCACAUGGAAAAUUCGUGGACUUAUUGGUCGCCGUAUAACCUUGACUUUUACCGAUUUCGCAUUAGAAGGCCCUGUGAGAAGGACAGGAGCUGCUCAGUCAGAAUGCCAAGACUUUGUCUAUGCUAUAAAUGGACCAGAUUUUCAAAGUCCUCCAUUGUACCGGAAUUCUUCUCGUCGUUGCGGUUCAACACUUCCAGAAAUAGUCAGCUCGUCCGGCCACAAUAUGAUCCUGAUUUUCCGCACGGACGGCUCCGUCACACAUCGUGGUUUUUCUGCUCGAUAUGACACAGAUCAGCCUGCCGUCUGCGGCGGGGAGUUAAAUGGCGCAGUCGGUGCUUCCGGUUAUUUCACCUCGCCCGGCUUGAUAUCCCCCACAUCUGGAAAUUACAGCGAUUCUCUUCACUGUGAAUGGCAGUUGAUCAAUAACGAACAGAGCAAUUCUAGCGUCAUUUUCAAAAUCGAAAUGAUGGAUAUGGAAGGACCUAUGCAGAACACCGAACAGUGUACAUUUGAUUCACUCAAUUUCUAUGGAGCCUCAACUCGUAUACCUAUGGGACAGUACUGUGGCAAUCAAACAAGCGGUACUUCUAUCUAUAAUCCUUUCCUGGAAUCCCUCAUCCGCUUCACGACGGAUUCGACAAUUACUGGCUUAGGAUUUAAUACAAGUUACCGAGUGUCUCCGUGCGGAGGUGACAUUACUAACCCACAGACGAUAUCGACGCCUAAUUUCCCAGCAUACUACGGACUUGGCGUUGACUGUGUGUGGGUGAUCGAUUUGUCUGAGAACGGACAACAGGUGCAAGUUACCUUUGACGACUUGCAACUCGAUUCGGAAGACUGCUCUCAAGAUUAUUUGAGAAUCCUUAAUGGAUACAUGCCGACUUCGCCACAGCUGGGCCGCUAUUGUGGCUCAACCCGGCCAAAUGUCAUCCGUUCUCAGAGUUCUUACCUAUGGAUCCACUUUCACUCUGACAAUAUAUCAGGCAAUUCAAGAGGAUUUUCAAUUACCGUCGACGCUGUGGCAUCUGGCUGCGGUGGAAUUAUGCACAGUCGAACGGGAGUGAUAACUAGUCCUAAUUACCCAUCUGCCUACGGCACGGAUGCUGAAUGCGAAUGGGAAAUCCGCGUCGAUCCUGGCUACAAAGUGAUUGCCGAUUUCUUCCAGCGAUUUGAUCUCGAGAACAGUACCAACUGCCAAAACGAUUUUGUCGAGCUUAUGGAUUGGAAAAAUGAAACAUGGCAUUCUCUUGGACGUUUUUGCGGCAAACAAUUCCCGCCAACAAUCAGCACGUCUGGCGAGUCGAUGAAAAUUCUCUUCCGGUCUAAUUCUGCACACCAGGGCGACGGAUUCCGGAUGCGAUGGAAAGUUGGUUGCGGUGGAGAAUUUGACGGUCCAACUGGUUUGAUUACAUCGCCCAACUAUCCGAUGAAUUACGGCGACAACCUUGUUUGCAACUACACCAUAACUGCUUCUGCCGAUACGUACAUCAUUGCCCAGUUCAUCGACAAGUUUCAAAUCGAAUCCCAUCCGCUCUGCAUUUACGAUCGUCUGGCGGCUUACCAAGGCAACAGUUCAUCAUCCGCUCCACUGGGUCGCUAUUGCGGAUCACAAAAUCCAAGUCCGAUCGUUAGUCACAAGAAUUUGUUUAUGCAGUUCCGCACGGAUGGCUCCAUGAGUGGAUCAGGAUUCAAAAUCAGCUACACUAAACAAGAAUGUGGGGGAACAAUUACGUCGCCGACGAUCAUCAGCUCGCCAUCUCAUCCAGAUACGUACUAUAAUAAUCUUAAUUGCACAUGGAGGAUCGAAGCCCCUGCCGAUCAAGUAAUCGAUAUCAAAUUCCAAUCGCUGACAUUGGAAACUCACCGCGAUUGCCGCUAUGAUUGGGUCGCAGCUUAUGAAGGAUUGCAAGUGAAUCGUUCCCAGUUGCUGGGGCAAUAUUGCGGUAAUUUUACGUAUCAAUUACCGCGUAUUAAAAGCCGUGGAUCGAAAGCCCUCGUCCAUUUCCGAACGGAUUGGAGCGUGAGCCACGGAGGAUUCAGCGCCAGUGUGCGAUUUACUUCCGGUGAAAGACAAGGGUGUGGAGGUCUUGUCAAUCUGACGGCGAAUCCACAGCAACAGUUGCGAGCACCGGACGCGGCCGUGUUGCCGCGCAACGGUCACAUAGACGGCGAGCUGGAUUGUCAGUGGACUGUAAUAGCUCCACCCGGCAAAGUCAUUCGACUUCAACUAACUCAGAUCGAUAUGACUGAUGCCGGUUGCUCAGAGGACUAUCUAGAAGCAAGAGACGGUGCAAGUAAAAGCGCCAGUCUGAUUGGUCGCUAUUGCGGGACUGUUGUGCCUCCGUCACUGAUCGGCUCAACUAACAUCAUGUGGGUCCAAUUAGUUACGGGAACAUCAAACCGAAGAGCCAACUUUGUCGCUUCUCUGUCUUAUCAAGAAACUCCUUGUGGCCCGAACGCUGGAACGCUGGAUGCCACCGAUGCAAACCAGAUACUUUCAUCUCCAAACUACCCGGCAGCUCCUGGUGUUAAUCUACGUUGUCGUUGGCUCAUCGACGGCAACUCUACCGCCGUAAAAAUCCAUUUCCAGCAUCUAUCGAUCGGCUCGGCUGACUCCGCCCAGUGCACCAACGAUCGCCUGGAAGUUCAAGACGUUGUCAACGGUGGACAAAAUCAAGAGGCCAAUGACAACUUGGUAUUGAAUGGUGACGGGGCAACUGUCGUGAGAUUAGAUCAACAUCAGGGAAUCAUUCUUCAGAGGGAAUUGGAUCAACGUUUGACAUUUUGCGGCUCACGUUUACCCCACGACGUCAUCUCGUCAGGUGGAGCCCUAGCUGUGACUUUGAUCACAGGAACUUCUGCCGGAUCGUCGGGAGGCUUCCAGCUGCAAUACUCGUUAGCUACGUGUAACCGAAGUUACGAUGGCAUUGAAGGAAGAAUUGUCAGUCCUCGUUGGCCAGGUCUUUUCCGAUCCAAUGAUUAUUGCCAGAUGACUAUCGAAUCACCGGCCAACACUACCAUCUCCUUGUAUUUCAACAUUUUCCGGUUGAUGAACAGCCUCAAUUGCAGCGUCUCAUCACUAGAGAUCCGAGAUGGCGGCACGAGUUCAGAUCCUCUUCUCGGCAAUCUGUGCGGAUCAGCAUUGCCCAACUCCAUAUUUUCGACUGGCAACAGGUUAUGGAUUCGCUUCCGACCCUCACUUCUACCCCAGAGAGGCUACGAUCUAACGUAUACCUCUACCAACCAAGGGUCUGGAUGCGGAGGCUCCGUGUUUAACACCCGGGGCACAGUGACGAGUCCCGGUUACCCUGGCAACGUUUCCCGUACUACCGACUGCCGAUGGGAAUUAGCUGUUCCUAUUGGAAUGAUUAUCAAAAUCGAAUUUCCCGUAUUCCAGUUCGGCCCGGCUGAUGACUGCACGAAUAAUUACGUGGAAAUAUCAGACAUUCAACAAAACGCAGGAGGUGCCAUUGGAGAGGCUUGGAGGGCGCGCUACUGCGGAAAUGAUCGACCAUCGACUUAUCUGGGCACUAGCAACGGAGUCACUCUUCGUUACGUCACUUCAACCAACAACACUGGAUUGGGAUGGAGGGCCGUCUUCCAGGCCGUAACCAGUAUCCAUGCCAACCAAUAACAACUUGGAAACGAUAAGGAAACCACAACAAAACUAUAUAGCCCUGGUAGUUCAACUUUUCUUUUUUCCUUUAUCCGACAAUUUUAGAUUCAAUUUGUCUGUAGUACAGAAUAUCUCGUCUUGUUAUAUUAUUUCUAGCCAAAGAAGUAAUAACCGACAUGCGUAUAGGUUUCCCAUGUUAUUAUUGUAUCCAAUAACGCUUUUUUUUUCAAAUACGAGACAAUAUUGACAAUUGA